UAUAGAUUGUUACAGCCAUACACAGACAGCAGAAUCUCGUCGGCUACAGAAAAGAAAAAUGGAAAGAAGAAAGUGUUGUCUUGUUUGCAUCUUCUUCUUCUUCAUUCUAUCCCAACCUGUAUAUCUUCAUCCAUUAUCAGAUCUCGAAAUCUUACUAAUGCUCAAAUCAUCCCUCGUCGGGCCCUCGGCCUCGGGCCUCCACGACUGGCUUGCUCCUUCUCCUUCUUCUUCUUCUCCGGCAGCCCACUGCUCAUUCAGUGGCGUAACAUGCGGCGCCGACGGCCGCGUGAUUUCUCUGGAAAUCACAAACACUCCCCUUUUCGGCGCUCUUCCGCCGGAGAUCGGGCUUUUGCGUGGACUCGUGAAUCUCACACUCACCGCCGCCAAUGUCACCGGCGAUCUGCCGAGGGAAUUCGGCAUGCUUUCGUCGUUGAAGCGGGUCAAUCUCAGCUCCAACUCGUUCAGCAGCGGAAUUCCCAACGAAAUGGUGGCAAAAUUGACGGAACUUGAGGUGUUCGACGUGUACGAUAAUAGUUUCUCCGGUGAACUUCCGGUCGGAUUCGUGAGAUUGAAGAAAUUAAGAGUGCUGAAUCUCGCCGGAAACUACUUCUCCGGCGAAAUUCCGGCGCUCUACUCCGGCUUCGAGAGCCUCACGCAUUUGUCCUUGCAAGGAAACAGCCUCACCGGGAAGAUUCCGGCUGGUCUAUCCGAGAUUCCGAAUCUUCUAGAACUUUCUCUCGGAUACUACAACACGUAUUCCGGCGGGAUUCCGCCGGAAUUCGGGUUGCUUUCGACGCUGGAGCUGCUCGAUUUAGGGAAAUGCAACCUCAGCGGCGGGAUUCCGGCGAGCCUCGGCUCGCUUACGCGGCUGCACAGCUUGUUUCUUCAGGUGAAUAAUCUCACCGGCGAAAUUCCGGCGGAGCUUUCCGGGUUGUUUAGCCUCAUGUCGUUGGAUUUAUCGAUAAACAACCUCUCCGGCAGAAUUCCGGCGAGGUUCGAUGGUUUAAAGAAACUAACAUUGAUUAAUCUGUUCGGGAACAAAUUUGAGGGGCCGUUUCCUAGCUUCAUCGGCGAUCUGCCGAAUCUCGAAGUUUUGCAGAUUUGGAGCAAUAAUUUCACGCUUGAGCUGCCGGAGAAUCUCGGCGACAAUGGAAGGCUGGUCCUCGUCGACGUCAAGAACAAUCAUCUCACCGGAAAAAUCCCGAGGAAUUUGUGCAGAGGCGGGAGGCUGAAGAAUUUGAUUCUGAUGGAUAACUAUUUCUACGGCCUGAUUCCGGAGGAACUCGGGGAAUGCAGGUCGUUAACCCGAGUUCGAUUCCGGAAUAAUUUCUUCAACGGCACGAUUCCGGCGGGAUUCUUCGCUUUGCCGGCGCUGGACAUGCUGGAGCUGAGUGGUAAUUACCUGACAGGUCAGCUUCCGGCGAGAAUCUCUGCUCCGAAUCUCGGCACUCUUGCACUGUCCGGCAAUUGGUUAUCUGGGAACAUUUCACAAGGAAUUGGGGGUUUGAGGAAUCUCGAGAUUCUAUCAUUAGAUUCCAAUAGAUUCUCCGGUGAGAUUCCGGCGACCAUUUCUGAUAUGAAGAAGUUAUCGGUGCUGAACUUGAGCGGCAACCAUUUGACGGGGAAGAUUCCGGCCUCUGUCGCCCGUUGCUCCCGUUUGACAUUUUUCGACAUGAGUCGAAACGAGAUCGACGGUGAGAUUCCGUUGGCCAUCUCUGUCCUUCAGAAUUUGAAUGUGAUGAAUCUGUCGAGAAACAGGUUGGUUGGUUCAAUUCCGAGUGAGAUUGGGCUAAUGAAAAGCUUGACAUUGUUGGAUUUAUCUUACAAUGAUUUCUCGGGGCGAAGGCCGACGGCCGGGUUGUUGAAAGACAUGGACGACCGUUGCUUUGCCGGGAAUCCGCACCUCUGCACCAGCAACGCAACUUGCGCUGCUGCUGCCGCUCGUGCACCGUCACCACUGCGGUCAACUCUGUUGAUCGCAGUGGCGGCGGUGUUAGUGGCUUUAUUCUCUGUGUCGGCGAUCUGGAUGGUGGUGAGGAGAAUGAAGGCGAACAAGGGACGGAGAUGGAAACUCACCACGUUUCAGAAGGUGGAUAUGAUGAGAGCCGAAGACGUGGUGGAUUGCCUCAAGGAAGAGAACGUGGUCGGAAAAGGCGGGGGCGGUGUUGUGUACCGCGGAUCCAUGCCUGAUGGCACGGAUAUAGCGGUGAAGAGGGUGGUUGGGCGUGGAAGCGAUCGUGGCUUCAGGGCGGAGAUAAGGACGCUGGGGAGGAUCCGCCACCGGAACAUCGUGCGGCUCCUCGGAUACGUGUCGAAUGAGGAUACAAAUCUAUUGUUGUAUGAGUAUAUGCCGAAUGGGAGCUUAGGUGAUAUGCUACAUGGGUCCAAGGGGGCUCAUCUGCAGUGGGAUCUUAGGUGCAAGAUUGCACUCGAUGCUGCUCGAGGGCUCAGCUAUCUGCACCACGAUUGCUCGCCCUCGAUCAUUCAUCGGGACGUUAAGUCCAACAACAUCUUGCUUGAUGCUGAUUUUGAGGCUCAUGUCGCUGAUUUUGGUCUAGCCAAGUUUUGGCGCGACGCUGGCGCCUCUGAGUGUAUGUCCAUGGUUGCCGGCUCCUACGGUUACAUUGCACCAGAAUAUGCUUACACAUUGAAAGUCGACCAGAAGAGCGACGUGUAUAGUUUUGGAGUCGUGAUGCUCGAGUUGAUCACAGGAAGGAAGCCCGUGGGGGAGUUUGGGGAUGGGGUGGAUAUAGUUAUGUGGGUGAAGGAGACUACGGCGGAUUAUGAAGCGGUGGCAGCAGUGGUGGACCCGAGGCUGGCUGCGAACCCGGUGGCGGAAGUGGUGAAUUUCUUCAAGAUUGCGAUGGCAUGUGUGGAGGAGGAGAGCUCUGAUAGGCCCACGAUGAGGGAAAUUGUGAACUUGCUUUCUACAAUUCAGCAGCCUACUCUUCACAUUGAUCACCUACUUAUCCAGGACUGAAUAAUUGGGAUUUUUUUGUAUAGAUUUUCCAAAUAUAGUACUAGUAGUUCUGUAAUCUAUACCAAUCAAAUAAUCAAUAAAUUUCGUUUUAGGAGGCCUGGAGUUCAAUGAAUUUUGCCCAUUAAUAUUAAUAAAUCGAAAUGAUAGGUGAAAUUAGCUUUUCAUCAAUAAAAUUUGUUAAAUAGUAAUUUUGCUACAACUCUUUCAUUGUUGAUUUUGGAAUAAUAGAAUUUUACCCUUAUGUUUCCAAAAGUACUCAUUUACUAGUCCCAAAAUUUUACAAUUGUUUGAAAUCAAUGAAAUAGCUUUAAAACUAAGGAGUUCUACAUAAAAGUAAAAACACAUUACACUAGCCUUUUCUAGCUACAUUCUUUCAGUCCUUAAAAUCUAUGAAGAUCCAAGGUAAGAGAUUUUAGUGACAACCAAAGAGUUGUAUUUAGUGAGAUAAGUGUAGAGGCAAGAAAUAAGUGAAAGAGAUAAAUAAAGAGAUAAUAAAGUAUAUAAUUAAAGAGACAGGUAGAUAAACUAAGAGAAAAUAAAGUAGAUAAUUAAUUAAAGAGGGAGUAGAAAAAAAGUGAGAUUUAAUUAUUCAUUUUUGCCAAAUAAUACUUAUAACACUCAUUUAUUUAGCUUUGAACAUCCCAAAAACGAACACAACUAACUUAGGACAGAUGGAGUACUACAGAAUAUUUUUGAUUCCCAACAAAAUAUAGCAAGCAGUUUCAUUUGGUAAAAGUUAAAUUUGUCUUGUAAAAAACCACGCACAUAGUUAAUUGCAGCAUUCAUAAAACAAAUAUGCAUGUUCCUCGCAUGACAUUACAUGCCUGCUGCUAGCAUUUGAGAAGAGAAGCAAUGAAAGAAAACCACCUUCCACAUACAUAUUUCACACAACAGUCACAAGAUUCUGGUGUUAUGUACUGCAGAAAAUCACUCAUUUUCAAGAGCAAAAUGUCAAACCACACAGAAAAGUUAAUAUCAGCUUAUGCUUUAAUGGCAGCACCAAAGAUUUAGAUGAACACCAUAACCAGCAAAUCACUACUACCAUAGUAAAUGCUAAAUAGAUAUAGAGUAAGGGUGUAUACAUAAAACGAUAGGCGAACAGAAAACAUAAUCGAAAACAUACAAAGCUUAAGCUUUCCAAGGAUUUGCAUUGGAAGCUUCAUCUAUCUUCAGAACACACCAUAAUUUAUCUCCCUCCCUUUUCAUCAAUUCAUAAACAACCACAUAUGUACAAAUAUUAGACUGAUUAGUGCCCUCCAGUCAACAAAACAUCAUCAGCAGCAGCAAUGCAAACUCAUGAAAACGAGGUUCAAAUUGAACUGUAGCAUAUACACCAAGAUAGAGAUCUCUUUUAGUGUUGAGCCACGACACCUUCUGACCUUCUGUAACUUAUGGCAUAUAUAGACCAUGUUCACAUAUAUAAUGGAGUCUCAAUUUCAGCCUCUACUCGAAAAUACUAGUUUCAAAAUUUUCAGAUUCAGAUCCCACAGAGAACUCUGACAUUCACAAAUGUUAAAUAGCUCUACUAUCAGGUCCCAACUAUUUAUUUUUGGAGAUAUACUCAGUUGCUAUAUCUGACACAUAAAACUGAAACAAGAACUUUCAACAAUAUGACUCAGGUCAAGAAACAUAACAUGCUUUUCCUUGCAUACUAUAAUCUGAAAAUUCUCAAUCCAACAAUUUCCUACCCAAGUUGCAAUUCACUUAUGACCAUUGCAACUUGCAAGCCUCCAAACCUGCAUUAACUUUAUUUCACAAAAGUCUAGAGUUCGGCAAAGUAAUUACAUUCAAUCAGCUAGCAAGUUCAAUCCAUAAAAUAGUAUCUAAAUCACCUAUGUUGGUUGGUAGUACAUAGAACAUAUAGCAUCCAAACAUAUAAUACAACCUACGUAGUGCGUUACAUCCUCGGCCCAAUGUAAAG